AAAUGAAAUAUAUUUUAUUAUUUUCGAUCAUUCUUCUGAAUACAACAUUCUGCAACAGUUCCCGCAUUCUCUUCUUCCAUGAUCUAGGCACCAGAAGUCAUCUGCACCUUUACUUCCCAUUAGUAGAAGAACUAUUAUAUAGAGGGCACACUGUUACCGGGGCUUACUAUGCUUCAGCCAAGAUAAAACAUGAAAACUAUACAGAAAUUUUGCUACCGGACUCUGUGGCCUUGUUUAUGAAUAAUAUUUCCAAGUUUUACAUGGAAGAUACAAGUAGCAAACUCAACCCAAAGAGAAUUUUAAAGAUUUGGGAGGCACUGCCAGUUGCUGUUGAUACAGUCAUGGGAACCCUGAAAUCCCAACCAAUCCAGGAUUUGAUCAUUCAGAAAUUUGACAUCAUAAUAUCAACAAGUUUUAAUGUUGCAUAUGUUGCUGAGGUAAUGGAUUUACCAGUAAUAUUCAUAAGUCCUCCUGGACCCAUCCACUCCAUCACUUCUAUAGUUGGAAACCCAUUCCAGCCCAGUUCUUCUCCUGUUCUUGGUGUAGAGUUUACUAAUCCUUCAUUCAUUAGUGUCCGUAUGAAGAAUCUGCUGGUGAUGUUAUUAUGGGACUGUUUUACAGAAUUCUUCAAUAGUCACCUAAUACUGCAUGAACUUAGAAUGCAACUAAACUAUACCGGAGAGAGCCCAAGACACAGUUUAAAAAAGAGAUCUUUAUUAGUUCUGUCAAACAGUCAUGUGGUGACACAUGAACCUCAGCCAUUUCUUGAGAAUGUUAUACAAGUUGGAGGAUUGCAUAUAAAGGCAACUAAACCUCUUCCAGCAGAUCUUCAAGCAUUCAUGGACUCGUCUCCUCAAGGGGUAGUUUUGGUUUCCUUUGGUUCUUCGAUCACACCAAGCUCAAUGUCAGAAGAGAAACGUCAGGUGUUCCUGAAAGUGUUUGAAAACAUAAAUAUGCCAGUUAUCUGGAAAUGGGACACUGAUGUUGCAGAAGAUGUCCCGAAAAAUGUUCUAAUCAAAGACUGGCUUCCACAACAGGAUUUACUGGCACAUCCAAAUCUAAAGGUAUUUGUGACUCAUGGUGGACUUCUUAGUGUCAUGGAAGCUAUUUAUCAUGAGACAAUUGUUGUUGGAAUUCCACUUGCAAAUGAUCAGUAUCCAAAUCUGUUAAACAUGAAGAAGAAGAAUAUCGGAGUCAUGCUUGACUGGGAUACUCUCAAUUCAGAAGAAAUGACCUCUGCAAUAAAAAAAGCAAUGACUGACAGUGAGAUGUCAAAAGCUAUGCAGAUGACAAGCCGCCUGUUUAAAGAUGUUGAAGAGACCCCAGUGAGGAAAGCUGCCUGGUGGGUUGAGUUUGCACUCAGGAAUAAAAGACUGGACUUUUUUAAACCACUUUCCAUGAAUCUCUCCUUCUAUCAAGCCUGGAACUUGGAUCUGCUUGCUUUCGGAUUAUCUGCAUUAGUAUCAAUUAUGUACAUAAGUUACAAGUUUAUAAGAUCUUGCUACAGAAUGUGUUUUAUAAAACGUAAAACCAAAAAAGAAUAGAUUUAAGUAAAACAUUGUAAAAUUACUAUUUAAAAGUAAGCAGUAUCAUAAAUACUUUAAAUAAAUCCUAAUUUAAAUUUAGACCAACAUUAAAGAUUUACAUGACUUAAAAAGAAUCUUUUCUAUUGAUUUGUGAUAAUAUUUAUAUUAAGAAAUCAAACCUCCCUCCUUCUAGAUAAGAAAAUCGCAUCACUUUAUUCAUUUCUGUUUACUGUUAUAUU